AUGAGGGCGUGCGGGCGCGCGGCGUUUUGCUGGGCCCUGCUGUGGUUCGCCGGCGGCCUGGCGGCGCCGCGCCGCCUCUACUGCGAGCGCGCCGACGUGGCGUGGCGGGCGUACCGCGCCCCGGCCGCCUUCGAGGCGCGCGUGCAGUCGCUGGCACACGACGCCGCCACCGUGAAAGUGCGCCGCGUGCUCCGCCGCCAGGGCCGCUGGCCCCGCGAGGACUCAAUCCUCCGCCUAAAACUGCCCAAGGAAACCCUCGAGUGCGCCGGACGUUUCGAAGUGCCUCUGCAGAAUAGAAGGAACUAUAUCGUGUUCGCGGAACGGCGCGGGCUCACGGCGGUCGCGUUGGGGCCGCCGUUGCGCCGCACCGCCAAGUUGGUUCGCAGGAUCCGCGCCGUCUACAAGCCGGGCUACAGUAGUCCAGCGCGUGUGGAUCCGAUGCAGUCGGUGAGGGUGCCGCGGGGCGGGCGGGUGAAGCUCGAGUGUCAAGCGAGCGCCCGACCGCCACCGCGCAUCUCCUGGUACAAGGACGGCAAACCCGUUGCCGAUAUCGCUUUAAGAAGAUUCCGGGUGCAGAAUUACAGACGGCGCUCGGUGCUAGUGAUAAGGCACGCCCGGCGCGAGGACUCUGCGACGUACGAGUGCAGAGCGCAGGGGGCGGUGGGCCCGCCUGCGGUUUCCACGGCCAACGUGAGCGUGCUACCCCCAGUUACUGCGCCACCCGACACCGCUUCGUUGGGUGCACCAUGUCCGAUGCCGGACCCUUCUUCGUACUGCCUCAAUGGAGGCACUUGUUUAUAUUUUGAAUUAGUUCAAGAGCAAGCUUGCAAGUGUCCAGAAGGAUUCAACGGGCAACGCUGCGAGAACAAGGACGUAUCGAACAGGAGCAGUAUGUCUCAUUCCUACACAUGCAAACUGGGCCUAUCGACGUCCUACUACUGUUAG